GCAGGCUGUACUGCGGUGGCUGCUGCUGAGCCGGCAAGCAUGUGUGUUGGUGGCUGUGGGCCAUGCGUGCUAGACAGGUGGUGCGGAAUAGCGCGGCGGCUGUGGAGAAUUCUUUGCUCCUGCGCCUGUCUACUGAUGGGGGGACGUGGCCGUUGCAGGUGCUUACGUAGAUGGCUUCGGCAGCUUGAGUCGCGCUAGGAUGCGUGAGUUGGAUGUCUAGGACGUGGACAUGGCCGUGACGUGCACCAUUGUUGGUGCGCGUGCACCGAGCCCGACGGGAAACCUGAGGGACAAGCGUGAUGCUAGCAGUACCCCGGCGGGGGCGGGCCCAAACCCAACCUCAACGACCUCGAUCCAAGCGACUGGCAAGUGGCAGGUAAUCGACAACAGUGGGUUAGCUGCGCGUUCAAAUAUGCACUGUAAACAUAUUCUUCUGCCAAUCUUACAUUCUUUGCUUUAACUGGCGAACAAUGGAGUAUGUUCAAACCCAGCUCAAGCUGAAGCUUGCUGCUGAAGAUGGCCAACUACGCGCUACGUACAGCGAGGUCAGCUCAGCGCGUGAAUCCUACUUGAGCCGAAACGCUGUGCUAGAAGAGCUUGAACCUAUACGCACAAGCCGAGAGCUUGCUGUGCCAGAGGCGCACAUAAGGGAUGAUUACGAUGGCCUGGACACCCGCCCUUACGGGGGGUUCAGCCUCCAGAACCUAGAUGAUGGCUGCAGCGUGUCGGAUCAGGACCGCGCCUCGCUCGACAGCCUCGUCGGGGAGCUGGCGAAUGCGCUUUCCGCGCGCAGCCGGAAAUGGCACGAGCGUCUGAAGGUUUCAGGCCUUGGGGAAUCGUCGAGCGGCCACUCAAGGGGCCUGGAGGCUGGGGCGCAGGCGCUGGAGGCGGCGCUGCAGGGCACAUCCGCGCACCUGGCCAUGUUCAACCGUAUGCGGGAAGCGGUGGAGCAGGGCAUCAUGCAGAAGCAGGAUGAGAUUGACAAGGAUGCGUUCCUGUCGCUGGUGUCCAAUACUAAGGCGCACAUUCUUAAGCUGCAGUCCCUGGAGUGCCACUUCCUGAACGCCACGUACAAGCCAGAUGACUUGGCGGCGCUGGGCAAGAUCCACCGCGAGCUCAGCUCCCGCCUGGAGCAAAUGCGCGUGGAGCUGGCGGAUGCCCAGAAGCGGCUGUCUGUGUACCGUGGGCUGGGCCCCGGCUUCAAGGACCAGGUGGCUGCCUUCCGGCGGCUGCACCAGCAGCUGCUGGACGCGCAGUACAUGCUGGAGAGUUUCAAGGCGCUCAACAGUGACCUGCAGCACGGCGCCACCGACAUGCAGGUGGACGGCGACGACGGCGACUUCAUGACUGGAGCCUUCUAGGCCAGCACUGGCCAGCACUUGGUCGGCAGACGGACUCCUAGCAGGGACCGGCGUGGGAGGAGGUCACGGGGUGACACGUAGGGAAGGUCAUGCUUGAAUGAAAAUGAUUGGCGGAAAUGGACUGCGCCAAAGCAUGUGGUGACGCUGUUUGCAGGGGACGUGUGCAGAUUGGUGCUUCGCUCAAUUGACAGUCUAUUGGUGUGUGCUGUCUGAGGAAUACCGUUCUGAAGUUCCUAAGGAUGGGUGUCGCGGACUCCUCGUGCUACAUGUUAUGUACAGCUGCCGGGCCAGUCACGCGGAUAUCUGCGGCGAUGGCACCAUUGGCAUGACUGAGGUGACUCCGUCUUCGCCAUAUGGGUGUCACACAUGCAUGUCACCACCCGAUAUGCGGCAACGGGCAUGGUGCAGGUGUAGGUUGGAUUGGUGGCAGCCGUGAAAGCGCAUAGCGUGUUGGCAAGGGUGUGAAACGAAGGCCCUGAGUCAGUAGUGUAAGCAUUCGCAUAUAAGCAUUGUAAAGCACGUACCUGAUUUGGCCCAGGUCCUGUAGUUCUUCAUGUUAGCAAAAUGCCUGUGCCGUUGGGAUGGGAGCGUGGGAUGAUGGGGAGGACUGAAGCAAUACAGGGGCCUGGCACUCGGACCAGACCAUGCCAGGCCCAUUUACUGACGCUGUUAGCACCUCAACCGUUGCUGUAACGCCUACACCUGCGUAGAUGCGCGGCACCCAAACCCAAAAUUUUUUCUCCGCCUUCGGCGGAUUUUGGGCAGAUUUCUACAGUGUAGAUGGAAGAUAUGAGCACUGGCUGUAACAAUCACGCAAC